AUGAAGAAUGCACUGGAGCAGCUUGAUCGACAUCCGCUUGUCAACUUCCAGAUGGAUGUCUCCCCUCUUUAUAGUGCGUUGAAGAACAUUAUGCAAGAACAGAUACAGCAGGCGCAGCUCCAGGAGAAAAUCAGUCAGCGGCUAACCAAUUUAGAGGCUGAGGUGCGCUCUGUUGGCGUGCGACAAAAGGAGUUUGAGGAUUCAUUAGAUGCUUUAACACCAGAUGCAAAGCUGCAGACACAACAAACCCUUAAGGAGCUUAGUACAAACAUCAAGAACCUCACAUCCGACAUGAAGAAAGUGCGGUAUGAUGUGGGAGAGGCAAUGAGGACGGCUGUGGAUGCGAAACGUGGCAUACAUGAUUUAGAAAGUGAACUGCUAUCUAUACGGCAGCAGCAACGGGAUUUCUCUGACCUUCAUCAGGAGGUGAUGCGGGAGCACUUGAAGUUUACAGCUGCCGUUAAAGAUAUUCGAUGGAAGAUAGAAGAACAGGAAAAACUAAUCCAAGAAUUUUCGCAGGUUAAACCCCAGAACACAAGUGAGGUGGAUGAGUCGAAACUGCAUGGCAUGCUAAGUGCCCUGUGUGAGCGCACGGAUCAAAACUUCCGAAGUGUUGAGGAGAGUUCUUUUGCCGUCGAUGCCGAGCUUACGCGACUUCGUGCAGAUAUGAAAUUUGUUCAAAAUGAGGUGCGCAUGUUAAGAAGCGAACUUCAUCGCGGAGGUAACCAUUUGCGCAGGGAUGUGGGUUGUAGGCGACAGUCACCGCACGGUGGUUCGCAGGGCGCUGACAAAAGCGCGUUGAGGAAUGAAGAGCAUCUAAACGGCUACGAAAGUGCCAGUACACAGGGGGCAUUGUAA